CAAUCGACUGUACUCGGGUUCGGUUCGUGACGUAUUUCAAUGGCUUUACUCAUCAUUUCUCUGUAUUUGGUGCUUCCAGCACUAGUGCUGCUGUAUUUUUACAUUCGCCGAAAGUAUUCCUACUGGGCCGAUCAAAAUGUACCGCACAUACCGGGAUCUCCACCGAUGGGGUCCUUUAAUGGGAUGGGCACCAAGUAUCAUAUGAACGAAAUAAUUGAUCGAGUGUAUCAGCGCUUCAAAGUGACGGGCAAAUCAACGGCCGCAGCUGGAAUGUAUAUAGGCUUCAGUCCCUUACUGGUGAUAUACGAUCUGGAUCUUGUGAAGCAAAUUCUGGUUAGAGAUUUCACCUAUUUCCACGAUCGAGGAAUGUAUUAUAACGAAAAGGAUGAUCCAUUGUCGGCUCAUCUUUUUGCGCUCGAAGGGGAGAGAUGGCGCUUUCUGAGGAACAAGCUGAGCCCAACGUUUACUUCCGGAAAAAUGAAGUACAUGUUCCAUACCAUCAGGGCCAUAGGGGACGAACUGCUCGCCUGUUUCGAUACGUAUGUCGAACGAAAACAGCCAGCAAAUGUAAAGGCAAUAGCUCGAAGAUUUACCUGUGAUGUGAUUGGAUCGUGUGCCUUCGGAUUACAGUGUGACACUCUCAGGAAUGAAAGUUCCAAGCUGCUAACUAUUAGCGAUGCGGUAUUCAAACUAAGCCGGCUUAGGACGAUGUGGAUGUUUGUUUUGGUAAGUUUUCGUGACCUGUCUAGAAAGUUGGGAUUCAAACAACUUCGGGGCGAUGUUACAAAGUAUUUCAUGGAUAUCGUCGAAAGCACCAUCAAGCACAGAGAAGAGAAGAAUAUAAUUCGGCAAGAUUUCUUGCAAUUGUUGAUGCAACUGAAGAAUAAAGGAACUGUUGAAGAACAUGAAGAGCAAUCAAAGGAAACAAUUACUAUGAACGAAGCAGCAGCGCAAGCUUUUGUGUUCUUUUUAGCUGGAUUCGAAACCUCAUCAGCAGGUCUAUCGUUUGCUUUGUAUGAAUUGGCGGCCAAUCAAGAUAUUCAGGAGAAGACCAGAGAUGAGAUUAAACGCAUUCUUAUGAAGCAUGAUGGGCAAAUAACCUAUGAAGCUCUCAAAGAUAUGACCUACCUGGAGCAAGUUGUCAACGAAACUCUUCGCAAAUAUCCUCCUGUGGGUAAUGUUUUUCGAACAGCUAGUAAGCCGUACCGUUUAACCAACCCAGAUGUAACGGUGCAAAAAGGUCACAUGGUGAUAGUUCCCGUUUAUUCUAUCCACCGUGAUCCGGAAAUCUACCCGGACCCGGAUCGCUUCGAUCCGGAGCGUUUCGCUCCGAGCCAGAUCGAGACACGACACAGCCACAGUUUUCUGCCGUUUGGUGACGGACCCCGCAACUGUAUUGGGAUGCGCUUUGGGCUGUUGGAAAUUAAAUUCGCUAUUGCCCAACUAUUGAGCCAGCUUCGGUUCACCGUCGACGAACGUACCAAGGUUCCGCUGCAAAUCAAUGUCAAGUCUACCAUGAUGGAGGUUGCCGAUGGGAUCUGGCUAAAUGCAAGUCGGGCUUGAGUGUGAGGACACGGAGAGACCAGUAUAAAUUUUAUUAAAACUUUUUUGUUAUUAAAUUGUAUCAACAUCAUUAUUCGAGAAAUAAAAUUGGUAAGAUUAAAU